GCACACACAGACAGACACACACACACACACACACAAAAUCACAUUUAAAUUACGUAUACGCCGCGUAGCCGUAAAGCCCAAAAUCACAGACAUCAUGGCAGCCGCAACAACCGCGAACAAAUCACCACAACAACAACAACAGCAACAAUCUAGCAGACAACAGCAGCAGCAUCUUCAUCUGGCAGCCAGCAGCARCAGCAGCAGCACCGCCUCCUCCUUCUGCUCGAGCAACUUCAUUGCCUCCUGCAUGUCCAUCGUUUUGGUUGUCGUGUUCGCUGUGCUGCUGGCAGGAAACUGUGUCAAUGGGCAAAUUGAUGGCUACAUAGCUGGCGAGGAUUAUCCCAUCUAUGAUGCGGUGCCCAAGGGUUUGUCAUUCAACUGCCAAGGACGUCAGCCGGGCUACUAUGCGGAUACCGAGACGAGGUGUCAGGUCUGGCACUGGUGCCUGCACUCUGGCCAUCAAUACUCGUUCCUCUGCCCCAACGGCACCGUCUUCAAUCAGGCUGUGCGCGUCUGCGAUUGGUGGUCGAACGUCAACUGCGCCAGCUCCGAGCAGCUCUAUCAGAAUAACGAUGAACUCUAUCGCAUACCGGAGCGCAGCCAACAGCAGCAGCAGCAGCAGGAGCAGGCUGAGGUAUGAUAUAAGGCUGAUGAUGAGUAUAAGAUUGGGAAAACACACACAACAACGGCGGAGGCAGUGGAUCGGCAGCGAGGCAGCAGACAGCGACAGUUUCUGGCACAACAAAAGCAGCAGCAGCAGCAGCAGCAGCAACAGCAACAUAGACAAAAGCAAACAAACAGCAAUAGCAACAACAACAGAAUCGUAGAUAGCACCUCACCAACCAACUACAGUAAAAUGACCAAAAAUAGUUUUAGAGGCAGCAUGAGAUACAAAACCAAUCAAUCUCAAUCGUCAUACUCAUCAUCACAGCAACAGCAACAGCAACAAUUUAACUCUAGUAAAUAUAGCGAAUAUCAAAGUAGACAAAAUAGUAGUGGCAGUAGCCGUAAGCAGGGCAAUAGGAAUAGCAGUAGAAAUAAAGGAAAUCAAUUUAGCAUAGCAAACACAUCCUCUAGAAAUAACACAGCACAGCACAGCAAUCACAGCAACAGCAGCAACAGCAGCAGCAGCAGCGGCAACAACAACAACAACAGCUACAAAAGCAAGCAACGCGGCAGUAUGCGCUACAAUUUGAAUAAAUUUGAAAACGACGAUGAGCUCAAAGAUUAUAAAAGCAAAAUUAAAAACAAAUAUAAUAUCGAUUAUGAUCAUUCUUUGGAUGAAGAAUAUGAAAUAAUCGAGGCCAUUGAAUGAAAAGCAACAUACAAAUUAGAAAUUACUGAAUCAAAUAAAGAACAAGGAACCAAAAGCUUUGUAAUUGUUGUCGAAUUAAAAAAGUGCUGCAAAUUGGCGCUAAUUUGUAAACCAUCUUAAAAUACCCUCACCAGUUGGCAUGUUGCCCAAUGUAAAAAAUUGUAUAUAUA